AUGCACACCCAGGCUGGGGGGUGGGUGGGGUGGGGGGGUCACCGGUCUGCCUGGGUCCGAAACUGGGCCGUCUGGAGAUAUUUCCGAGACUACUUUCCCAUCACGAGGCCACACACAGGCUUCUCCCGCCUCUCUCCGGGUCUCAAGUCACAUCUACUCACGCUAUCAUUCUGGUUCCAAAUGCCUCUCCUCCGAGAUUACAUUAUGACCCAUGCCUUUGCCCUGUCCCACCCUGAGGGUGGCCGGGUGGCCGUUCUGGCUGUGGGAGGCUUUGUCCCCCCUGGGGAGGCAAAGCCUGGAACAGUGAGCUUGCGGCUCCGGAAUCAGAAAGGAUUCAUUAUCACUGGGACACGGUGGGCGCUCCAAUUCCAGUGCAGCGAAGCCCGAGGCCCAGCCAGGAACAGGGCCUCCCUCCAGCCUGUGUACUCCACUGGGAAGAAUACUAUUUAUAGACUCAAGUCUUUUGCCUAAAACUCCUGGCAGCAUCGACGUCAAGUUGCCUGUAAGAGACUUGUGGGGUUUUCCCCCUGCGUCUUCUGGGACCGCAGUCUCUUCUCAGCCAGUUCCUGGGGUCUGGUACCAUUUGCCCUGCCCAUCACUACGGUAAGUGAUGGCCACCCCAUCUGUGUGUCCCCAUGCCUCAAACUCACAGAAGACCACGUGGAUCCUUGUCACCAAUUCUACAUGAAGGCUCUGGAGCAACUGUUCGAAGACCACGAGGAGACCUACAGUGUCGCUGCUCCUGCCCCCUCCCCCACCUUCCUCUAG